AUGUCUCUUUCUCUCUUUCUCGAUCCGUACUACUGGAUGCUGGUUGGUGCUGUCACCCAGUUCAAGUCGCUUCCGGAACCCACCCAAGACUUUACCGGGAAGAAGAUCAUCAUCACUGGUGGGAACGGGGGCCUGGGCCGCGAAGCAGCCCGCACGUUUGUCAAGCUGGGCGCUGCUACCGUAGUGAUAGCAUGUCGCGACCUAGACAGCGCCGAAGAGGCCAAGACCGACAUUGAGACCACGACAGGCCGGAAGGGUGUUGUCAAGGUGUGGCAGCUCGACCUGAAGUCGUUCGACAGCGUCAAGGAGCUGUGUCGCCGGGCCGAGCGCGAGCUGGACAGGCUCGACUGCCUCGUGGAGAACGCGGCCGUCUUGUCGUUCAGCCGCGAGAUGGCCGAGGGCCACGAGAGCAGCGUCACGGUCAACGUCAUCUCGCCCAUGCUGAUGGUGUUUAUGCUCCUUCCCUUGAUGAGAAGGACGGCAGUCCAAUUCAACGUCGUGCCGCAUGUUACUACAAUGAGCUCGGAUGCUCAUCUUGGUGCAAAGUUCCCCGAGAGGUCACAGCCAAACAUCUUCGAGGCACUGAAGAGCGAGGGCAGCUAUCAGCUCGACAAGUACAGCACGACCAAGCUCGUGAACCUCUUCGUCAACAGACAGCUGGCGGAGCAGCUGGGCCCAGACAGCAGCGUCAUUGUCAACAUGGUGAGCCCGGGCCUGUGCAAGACUCGACUGUUCCGGGAGAUGAUGUUUCCCUUCAACUACGUCUUCCGCAUGGUCGAGCUCGCCGUGGCGCGAACUGCCGAAGCGGGCUCACGCACGCUAGUCCACGCCGCCUCGGCAGGCCGAGAGUCGCACGGGAGGUACCUCGAGGCCUGUGGCAUCCGGGGCGAGGAGCAAUUUCUCGGGGGCGAGGAGGGCCGGAAGACGCAGAAGAAGCUCUACGGCGAGCUCCGGGACAUUCUAGAGGGUAUCCAGCCCGGAGCCACAAAGAUCUAG